GAGCAGGCGAGAGGCUCCUCGGUGCAGCGUCAGCGCGCGACCAGCCGCCGGGUGCCAUGGCCGCCGAUCGGCGCGGGAAGGCGGAGACUCUGGCCCUGAGGCGGCGGCUGAUAAGCAAUUCUUGCAGACUCUUUUUUCCGGAGGAUCCUAUUAAGAUUGUCCGGGGCCAAGGACAGUACUUGUAUGACGAACAGGGUGCAGAAUACCUCGAUUGUAUCAACAAUGUGGCUCAUGUCGGGCACUGCCACCCUCUCGUGGUCCAGGCCGCACACAGACAGAACCAGGUGCUCAACACCAACAGCCGAUACCUGCACGACAACAUCGUGGAUUACGCACAGAGGCUGGCAGAGACCCUGCCGGAAAAGCUCUGUGUGUUUUAUUUCCUGAAUUCUGGGUCAGAAGCCAAUGACCUGGCCCUGAGGCUGGCCCGCCAGUACACGGGACACUGGGAUGUGGUGGUAUUAGACCAUGCUUAUCACGGUCACCUGAGCUCCCUGAUCGACAUCAGUCCCUACAAGUUCCGAGACCUGGAUGGCCAGAAGGAGUGGGUCCAUGUGGCACCUCUCCCAGACACCUACCGGGGUCUUUACCGGGAGGACCACCCCAAUCCAGCUGGGGCCUACGCCAGCGAGGUGAAGCGCGUGGUGAACAGCGUGCAGGAGAAGGGCAGGAAGAUCGCAGCCUUCUUUGUGGAGUCUCUGCCCAGUGUUGCGGGGCAGAUCAUUCUCCCGGCUGGCUACUUCCCCGAAGUGGCCGAGCACAUCCAUGGGGCUGGAGGGCUCUUCAUCGCAGAUGAGAUUCAAGUGGGCUUUGGCCGAGCAGGCAAGCACUUCUGGGCCUUCCAGCUACAGGGAGAAGACUUUGUCCCCGACAUUGUCACCAUGGGCAAGUCCAUUGGCAAUGGCCACCCAGUAGCCUGUGUGGCCACAACCCAAGCUGUGGCAAGGGCCUUUGAAGCCACCGGCGUCGAGUAUUUCAACACGUUUGGGGGCAGCCCGGUGUCCUGCGCCGUGGGCCUGGCCGUCCUGGACGUUCUGGAGAAGGAGCAGCUGCAGGCCCAUGCCGCCUCUGUGGGCAGUGUCCUGAUGGGGCUCCUUGGACAGCAGAAAGCCAAACAUCCCAUCAUCGGGGAUGUCAGGGGCAUCGGUCUCUUUAUUGGCGUGGACCUGAUCAAAGACACGGCAACCAGGACGCCAGCAACUGAAGAGGCGAACUACGUGGUGUCCAGGCUGAAAGAGAACUACAUUUUGCUGAGCACCGACGGCCCUGGGAGGAACGUCCUGAAGUUUAAACCCCCGAUGUGCUUCAAUGUGGACAACGCGCGACAUGUGGUGGCCAAGAUGGAUACCAUCCUGACAGACAUGGAAGAAAAGGUGAGAAGCUGUGAGACGCUGAGGCUCCGGCCCUGAGGCAGCCCUGCCACGUCGCAUCCUCCCUCCCCCAGAAGGAAUGAAGCAUCCCACUCAAACACACUGAGGUGGCGACCCUGACCCCCGGCUUUGAGGAAGAAAGCCACUGAGGCUCAAGGCGGGGCUUCCCUGCGGCCACACUGCUCCCCCCUUCCCCCAACCACUGGCCUGUUGUUGGGAAGGCCCAGAUAGCGGUGUCCCCUUAGGAGCCAGAGUGUCAAGUUUCCUUUUUGCUCAAAAUUCUGCCCACUGUGGGUGGGGUUAGGGUCAGGGACCUCCCACCACCCAGUUGCCUAAGUAAAUCAGGAGUUUACUUUUUAAAGAAAGUACCCUGGCACAUAUACU